GAUGAAUAUCAGAUCUAGAUUUCCGAUGAGAGAGGAUGAAGAUCCGAGUCUGCUGCCGUCCACUGGAAGCCUAUCGGCCAAAUUUACUCUGAGUUUGGCCGCUACAGGGAAGGAAAAAAAUGACGGAGUAUUUUUGUUCUAUCAUAUUUUUGGCAUUAAUGCAGCGAGGAAUCAGCCUUGAACCAUCCGUAGUUUCCUUGCAGAGUUUCGAACUUAUCCCCAAGAACCCUCAGAUUCUUGUUUCGACGAAAUUAAGAUAACACAAUGGGCCGGGUUUGAUGAUCUAACACUUCAUCAGUUCUGUGGGGAUUUGGUGUUUUGUUGUUUUGAUACAUACAUACAUACAUACAUAUAUGGAGUAUUUGAGAGAGAUAGAGGGGAAAAGAGCUCAUGAUCGCCGGUAUGGUACGACGAUGAAGAAGAAGACGAGGUGCGAGUGCGUGGAGGGGCCGAUCAUCGUGGGUGCGGGCCCCUCCGGGCUGGCGGCCGCCGCUUGCCUGAAGGAAAGCGGCGUGCCGCCGGGCGUGGUGCUGGAGAGGUCGGACUGCGUCGCGUCUCUCUGGCAGCACAAGACUUACGACCGCCUGUGCCUGCACCUCCCGAAGCAGUUCUGCGAGCUCCCGUUCAUGCCGUUCCCGGAGGACUUCCCGACGUACCCGACGAAGCAGCAGUUCCUCGAGUACGUCAGGCAGUACGCCGACCGGUUCGACAUCCGGCCGGUCCUCAACCAGACGGUCCGGUCGGCUGGGUACGACCGGGCCGCCGGGUUCUGGAGGGUGGUCACGACAGCCACCGCCGCUUCCAGGGGGAAAGAGGAGGAGGGGGAGGAGGCGGUGGAGUACGUUUCGCGGUGGCUGAUCGCCGCCACCGGGGAGAACGCGGAGGCGGUGGUCCCGGAGAUCGCCGGGAUGGAGGCGUUCUCCGGGACCAUAAUGCACACAAGUUUGUACAAGGAGGGAGAGGUGUUUAGGGAUAAAAGGGUUUUGGUGAUUGGCUGUGGGAAUUCAGGAAUGGAGGUGUGUUUGGAUCUAUGCAAUCAUAAUGCUGCCCCUUCACUUGUGGUCAGAGAUACAGUCCACGUCCUACCACGAGAGAUGAUGGGGAGAUCAACUUUUGGGCUGUCCAUGUGGUUACUCAAAUGGCUUCCGGUCCGAAUUGUCGACCGCUUCUUGUUGGCGGUUUCCUGGCUGACCCUCGGCGACACCGCCCGCCUCGGCCUCCCCCGCCCGCCCGUCGGCCCGUUAGAGCUCAAAAACAUCUCCGGGAAAACCCCCGUCCUCGACGUCGGGACCCUCGCCAAGAUCAAAACCGGCCACAUCAAGGUUUACCCCGGCAUCCAAAGGCUAAAGAGACACACCGUUGAAUUUGUAAAUGGGAAAGAAGAGCCUUUUGAUUCCAUAAUCUUAGCAACUGGCUACAAAAGCAAUGUGCCCUCUUGGCUAAAGGAUCAAGAGAUGUUCUCGGAGAAAGAUGGAUUGCCCAAAAGGCCAUUUCCCAAUGGUUGGAAGGGGGAAUGUGGGCUCUAUGCUGUGGGGUUCACCAAACGUGGACUCUUAGGUGCAUCCAUGGAUGCCAAAAGAAUUGCCCAAGACAUCAAACGUUGUUGGAGCUGUUUUCUCACUGUUGAAUCGAGGUCAAAGAAGGCAGCACCAGCCCAAUCGCACAGGCAAGUCAAGUCACUGUCCAUCUUUCCUUCUGGGAUAACUAUGGCCUCGGUUGUUGAUAAAAUUAUCUUGAUAAUUGAGGAUGCUUUGGACAAGCUUAUUGGUGUGUUGAAGAAUAUCUUUUAUGGAAGAGUUGAGUUUCAUGACGGAGUGUGUAUAGCUUAUGAUCACGUGGAUGAAAUUUUGAAGACGCUCCACUUAUUUCGUCAUCUUUUAGAUCUACCGUAUUCUGAUUCUGAGUUAUAUGCGUUCAAUGUGGAAAUCUCUUGCUCCAUACAAGAUUUGGUGCGUGGUACUCCAAUGUCAUUGAGUGAUAUUCCCUUGGAGUUAAAAAGUUUCAAAAUAAGGAUGAUGAAUGCUAUAAGGAAUCUUCUCGGCAUUCCCAUUGCUCCACCUGAUUUGGUCCCCACAACCACUCUACACAAUCCUACAUCUAUUGACAUAGAAUCUAUGGAGCGUACGGUUGGGGAUUCAGUGAGAGAUCCUGCAGUUGAUGCUGAUGGUGUUUCUGUUGAAGGUACUGUUAAUGCCUUUCCAUCGGAUCCUGUCACUGUUGAUGCGCAGGUAGAUGCACCGGGUACGGGAGAAGUUGCAAAGGAUCCAACAUUGAGCAAUGUCAUCAUCGCAUGUAGCCUUGUGCCUUCGUCCAAAACAGCCCAAGUAGCAGAUGCAAAUUAUACGCAAGCGGACAUCUCACUGUUCUUUAAUAUCAUCAAGUCCUCAGCCCAUGCGAAUAUAGUGGAGUCCGAGUAUUGGGUUUCACCGCCGGUAGCUAAGUUUGUAUUUGCUCUUCUCUCUUAUGUCCAUCGAUAUACUCCAAUUUGCAGGCUUAAUGAAGAUCUAUGAUCAAGUGGGCUUAAUCUUUGGGUCAACAUUUUCUUUCCAAUCUCGAAGCAUGAGUGGGAGCCUCCACCUUGAGGACAAGGUGGUUUUCUA